GCCAGAAGGAAUGGAAUUGAUCACCGCGAGGGCGAAGAAGCUGUUGCUCUUCCUCUUCGCAGCUCUUUUCUACUAUUUCGCGAAAUUUGCCCGUCACAGCACAGCAUCGAGCCUCUCGCCGAGAUUUUUUCGGGCCUUCUGGGACAAAGUUCGACAUUUGGUCGGCCCUUGGCCGCCGCGCACCGAGACUGUCACUCAGCACGGGCCGUAUCUGUUGGGUGGCCUCUUUUUCUUGACGGCCACUAGCUAUUUUCGUGAACUUCGUGCCGCCGACUCCGCAGACGAGUAUCUGUUGCAUGAAAGGCAGGAACGCCGAAACAGCUGCCGGGAGAUCGUCCGCGUUUGUGUCUUGCGGCACCGAUUGCUGCAUUUGUGCUUUGGAGGAACAGCAAGAAAGGCUUCAAAGACAAGUAAGGGGGACCACGCAGGUUUUGCUGGGACGAGCAAGAGGACGAGAACUGCACCAGAGAAUGAUUCCAGCAGAAGCAAAACCGAGUCAGAAACGAUUCGAUACUAUCUGCUUGCACUACAUCGAUGGAGCACUGCCAGUGCGACAGCAAUCGGUGUUGAACACAACAAUGGAGCUGCACCGGAUGCUGUCAGAAAUGAUUCCAAUGCAGCUUCAGAAGGCCUCCUGCUCGCAGACCUGGAGAAGCUUUUCGCUCCUCCAUCUGCAGCCUCCGCACAACAACACGACGGCUCGGCUCCUGGGAUCAUAUCCCUGCUUGCGCAGUCGCGCUCGGGUGCGCAAGAAACCAGCCUCAGCUCCACUUCUCUGCAGAGCAAUCAGUUGGCGGAUUACCCCGAAAGCGUACACCGGCAGGAACAAAGAGAUGAAAUUUCCAAUACUAAAACGAGUCCUAACCUCCACGGCUCGCCGACUACGGCCUCUGUGGCGUCCUUGGACGAACACCGACGACCCUCUCUCGAGAGCGGAGGCGGUGGCGGCAGCGCAACCAGUCUGGUAUCGCUCCCAAUGACUGCAGAAGAUGCUUUUCGCAGCGUCGAAGCGUUGGGCAAGUGCGCUCCCCGGGACCCGAUGCUCGUGUGCGGCGCGCUUGUCGUCGCCUGUUUGUUGAAGCUGGAACUGCGGAUGCUAUUGGACAAGGUGCAAAAUAAACAAGACGAAAAUCUUGCCACCACUGCAGAUGAAGAUGCUGCUCAAAAGCAAGUCCCGCUGAGUUGUACGCCGUCCGCCACCAGUUUUUUC